UCUCUUUUACAACACAAAAAAGAAACCAAACCAGCCAUACAUUUUUAUCCACAAAGAGAACAACAGAUGGCUGCCACUCUCUCAGUCCGGUCCAACCACCUCUCUCCACCUGGUUCACGUCUCUCCCGACUACCGGUUCACAAUCCCUUAAACGUAAAUCAAAUAAAAUCAUCAUUAAAAAAAGACCCUGUUUUCUGGAGGGGAGUAAUUGUGCAACCCAGGCGUAUUUUAGUGAGAGCAGGCUCCAGAGCCGAUGAUUCGUCGGCGCCGUUUGAGAUGUCAGUGGAGAGCGCACUCAAACUUCUUGGUGUCUCAGACGGCGCGUCAUUCGAUGAAAUACUUCGCGCCAAAAAUUCCAUUGUCGCUAUAUGUAAAGAUGACCAGGAAGCCAUUGCACAGGUUGAAGCCGCAUAUGAUAUGUUGCUCAUGCGGAGCUUAAUUCAGCGCCGGGCAGGAAAAGUCGUGAGCAGUAACAUUCGUUAUGCUGAUGUUAAACCUGUAAGUGGCCCUGGGAUGGGACCAAUGCCACAGUGGGUGCAGACUACAAUUAAGAAAACCCCUGUUUCAGUGGAAACACCAUCAACUGGAGAGUUGGGCUUACAAGCAGGAGUGUAUGGAGCUUUGAUGGUUUUAACUUAUGUUAAUGGCACUUCCAUGCCUUCUGUGGCACCUUAUGCGGGGGCUGAUGUUCCUGGCCUGAUAUUAGCUACAAGCUUUGGUGCUUCCUUGUACUUCAUGACCAAAAAGAAUGUGAAGUUAGGGAAAGCUACUAUAAUAACUAUAGGGGGGCUCGUGGCUGGAGCAGUGGUGGGGUCAGCAGUUGAGAAUUGGUUGCAGGUUGACAUUGUCCCGUUUCUUGGACUACACUCCCCAGCAGCUGUAGUUAGUGAAUUCAUACUCUUCUCUCAAUUCUUGGUCUCUCUGUAUCUAAGGUAGGGUUAUGAUGAGAUUGAAAUUGCAAUAUAAUUGUAAAACCUGUAAUUAUUCAAUUGCGUGAUCACACCGAGCUUUUUUAGGUUGCUUAUCAUUGCAUAUUGUACAAAACUAGCAAAUAGAAUGUAGCGAGACUUGAAUUGACUUGGAAUUUGCUUGGCAUUACAAUGAUCUUCUACACGCCUAUUUAAUGUUUUAA